UGGGGUUAAGGUCCUUUCCCGGGUUGGGACCGAUGAAGGAGACAGUUGUGCCUUGGCUAUCGGUGAAGGAAUCCGGACUGCUGACAGGUGGUUUGUGUCCUCCCUGGCACCUGUGGACCAGGAGUAACCCAACCGCCCGCAUCUUGUAAAACACAGGACUCAUGAACUUCAUCUAAACAGCCUGUAAACAUUGUAGAACUGGUCGUGCACACUAACACUGAAAUUUUCUUCAAGAUGAGUUUCCUCUUGCCGAAACUGACUAGCAAAAAAGAAGUGGACCAGGCGAUCAAAAGUACUGCAGAGAAAGUAUUGGUUCUCAGGUUUGGGAGGGAUGAGGACCCUGUCUGUCUACAGCUGGAUGAUAUACUCUCAAAGACCUCUGCUGACUUAAGUAAAAUGGCUGCUAUCUACCUGGUAGAUGUGGACCACACUCCAGUUUAUACGCAGUACUUUGACAUCAGUUAUAUUCCAUCUACUGUAUUUUUCUUCAAUGGACAGCACAUGAAAGUGGAUUAUGGGUCUCCAGAUCACACUAAAUUUGUAGGAAGCUUCAAAACCAAACAAGACUUCAUGGAUUUGAUUGAAGUCAUCUACCGGGGAGCAAUGAGGGGAAAACUUAUUGUCCAGAGUCCUAUUGAUCCCAAGAAUAUUCCCAAAUAUGACCUCCUCUAUCAAGACAUUUAGCACACUCACGGCUGUUGGAGAUGAAAGAGUCAUGGGUGGAAAUGGGACCUGAACCCAGAGGGCCUGUGGUCUGGAGUCCCUCAGAGACAUGUUCACUGCCCCAGCAAAGAGGUUUGAUGUGCCUGUAAUCAAUGGCCCCUGCGCAGAAGCCCCAGUACUCCCAAGAAUCCAGGUGCCUGAGUGUCCAUUCCCUGAGAGCCUCAGAGCAGUCAGGGGAUAGUGUUCGGUGGUUUUGUAACUUCCCUUUAUCCUGACUUGUCUUUACCCUUAAAGUCAUGCAUCCUCAACACUGUCUGAACAACUUGAUUAACAUGUACACACACACACACACACACACACACACACUCAUACACACACUCACUCAUACACACACUCACACACACACACACACACACUCAUACACACACUCACACACACACAGCCUUCCCCAUGCCUUCAUUCUCUUGCCCCUUUUGCUCCCUCCUAUCCCAGCUUCUCUUGAAGUAAUUAAUAUUCUAUUAGUUGCAGGUGAGCUCUUUUGUUUUCCGGACUGAAGCACUGCCCUAGUCUGUUGUUUAUAGCUGGGAGGCUAUUAAAUUGACACAUCCAGCACAGUUCAAGCUAAACAACAAGCGAGGGACAGAGCUCCUCAGCAGUCAGUGCUACCACCCCUUAUUUCUAAGACUCAAGACCAAAGGUCUAUCAGAAUUGCUAGGGGGAAAUGCUGAUGGCAUUUGCUGAUUCCAGUGGCUUUUGAAGAAUAGCUAACCUUCCAGGGUCACGUGGCCCAACCUCAGAGUAUCUGUGUUUCUCUUAAACCUCAUGGUGACUGUUGUUCCCGACCCUCUAGAAUGAGAGAAUAGAUACAGAGCUGGAGGUCUAUGGUCAAACAGCUUGUGACUUGCUGGGCAGCAAGAGACUCAUUGCCAGCAGAGGCCCAGGCUUGACACAGCAGCACUGUCACCUCAGGGCCAGCCCUGUUUCAGCUGCUUUUUUCUAAGCUUGUCCUUCAGGGAAAAGUGAAAUGGGACCCAGUUCUGAUUAAUGUGGCACAGAAAGAAGCUUGUUGGGGGCUUUCUAUGCCCUCCACUUAAAACUGAGAGCCACUUAGGGGAUGGGGAAAAUGUCCCUUCCCAUCCCUUCCUUAUGAUACAUGGGGCUAUGGCAGCCACCCUAGGCCCAAGAGAUGGAAAAUUAGUGUGCAGAGAUCAUAAGAAUCAGACCCCUAAUGUUACUGAAUCGUAGGUGAACUCUAACCUUCCUCCAAAUCUCUAUGAAAGAAUAAAAUUUCUUUGUCCAACUCA